AUGAGUUCAGUCGAGUGGUUGGAAAAAAAUGGAAAGGAAAAAUGGACAAAAGAAUUAUUUGAUCAAUACGUUGGUACUGAACAUGGAAAAUGGUGUGGUGUUAUUGAAAGAAUUAUGGUUGGAAAUAAUUGGAGUUAUAAAGUUAAAACAAUGCAAUUAAUAAAAAAUAAUAUUGAAAAUGUUAAUGACGAAAAAUUAGCAAUUACACUUUAUCAUUUUGUUGUUGGCGCUAUUUUAGAUCAUUGUGAUCAAGUAGUUAAAGAAGCUAUUUUGUUAUACAAAUAUAUGUUACAAUAUUUAAUAUUUAGAAAAGUUAGUAAUGAUACUAUUAAAUUAAUUUUAAUUGAAAUUGUUGUGAGUGAAUGGAAAGAAUUAAGAUUCAAUUGUUAUGAUGUUUUUUGCUUAGAUUCAUUAGAUGACAGAAUGAUUUUAUCAUUAUUUACUCAAUUUGUAACUAUUUACCCAUUAACAGACCAACUUGAAAAAGAACGUCUUAUUAAAACUAUAAUAUUAUUAUCACAACAUUGUAGAGGUUCUUUUCAAUGUUUUGAAAAUGAAUUUCCAAAUAAACCUUUUGAACAAUUUACUAAUUACAAAGAGGUCUUUGUCUCUUUAUUCCUUAUGAACUAUUCAUCUUCUCUUGCUAAUUCUUUUAUUUCUAAAUUCCUACAGUACCAAUUAAAUUCUCUUUCUCCAGAAUUAUGUCCACUACAAAUUAUACAAAGAGAGUUAACAAAUUUACCACCUACAACAGUAUUAGUAACAUAUAUAGAUUCAAUUUCAUCAAGUUAA